CAGCAUCGCAACGUGUAGAUAUGAGGAGCAAACCAUUAGGUCAUGGCUCUAGAGCGUUCUUUUCCUUCCCAACUAUCGUAGUUGGUUGCCAAAAAAAGUUUAGCUUUACCAAGUGCUAUGCAUACCAUCCCGUAGGGGCACUUCCCCAGCAACGUUUUAGCUAAAGAAAUUUUUUUUACCGGCGUACUUGCGUGUACAAAAUAGGACCCCCCCCUUCAGACUGCCUAACGAGGAUGCCUCCUUUCCCCCCCUAGGAUCUCCGUCCACCGAGCGCGCACAACGAACCCACCCCAAAAGAAUGCCCCCAAGUAGCUCCUCCCAACAAACCCGCUCGUAAAAAUAAAAAAAAAAAUAAACACUACCCAAACGCAAAGCCGCAUCAAAAAUGAAGAACACCGUGCUUCGAAUAAAAGCCGAGUUAGAAAACGUUAAGAAGCUAUACUGUGACGAUGACUUCCUGUGGAUCUUCAACAUCAAGGACAGCACGUCUUCCCUCACGAGGGAAAACAUCCAAUUUAGGAACACCGACGUUCUGGACAUUCCCAACAGCAGGGGAACGGCCAAUUUCCUUCUCAAAUGGACUGAGUACCCGAAGUACUCAACCAUAAACUUUGUUAAGACCAAAAACGGCUGCUCCUACGACAGCGGAGCGGACAACGACUGGAGAGACUUUGCCACCUUCGAGUGCCGAGGGAUCGAACUGGUGGAGUUCCUGCCGCACGGCAACUUCAUCGUGGAAGACAUCAAGGGGAAAAUUUACUACGACGUGAACUUGUCCGACCGAAACUGGUGUGACUACAACCAGGACCACGAAAUGUGCGUGGGCAUUUACAACGUGGAGCAUGAGAUAUAUUAAAAGGAAAAAAAAAAGGAAAAAUGAUGAAUGCGACAAUUCAGUUGCACUGAAAUGAAAUUGUAACUUAAAUUAUAAAUUAAAAUGUUUGCUUAUCAUCAAGGGCAAAGCUGCCCGCACGGAAAUGUGCGCCGUGCAGGGAGUUUUCAAAAAUGAAAAAAAAAAGGAAAAUAAACAGGAAAGGAAAAUAAAAGAAAAGAAAAUAAAAAGAAAAGGGAAAGGAAAAGCAAAAUGGCUAACAUGGCGAAAGCAAAGGCAAACGUGAUAAUGAACGAAACACCAGCAACACGUAAUGAAGAGGACAGAAAGACGAGGUGAAUGGCGAAGGGACACACAGUUAGGACGAAUACAUUCUCGUACGCGCAACGAAAAAAAAAAAAAAAAAAGAACGAAAAGGAAUGUGCAUGCGGUGAAAGGACGAAGAGGAUAACACAGUGAAAAGAAAGGGAAUGAAGGGGUGAUUUUAUGAGAGUGAUCUGAUCUGAUGUGAGUGAUUUUAUGAGAGUGAUUUGAUGAGAAGGAUAGGGUGGGAUAAUGUGCGAUUGGAAAGUUGUUAGGUAAAAUGUUAUUACCAAGUUGUUAGGUAAAAUGCUAUUACAAAGAUGUGAGAUAAUAUGGGAGCAUAUGCGAAAGGCAAUUCGGAUGAAGGAGGCGCGCGGCUGCCCUGCCGGCGGAACCGCGCGCGCCAAGGGGUGAAGCAAAUUUACGCGCACUUAUGCAAACUAUGCAUAGUUGGGCCAUUUUAUAUAUACCUUCCUCCUUACGCUUAUUUUUAUUUAAAAAAAAAAAAAAGAAAAGAAGGGAAAAGAAAAGGAAAGAAAAACACGUAAGGUACGCAUGGAAAACUUCACUUCAGACGAAUUCGUUUUCCGCUUAAUCAAACAACUCUGCGUAGAAUGUCUACGGAGGCACAAACACAAUUUAUCUCAGCGGGCAUGCCCUGUAAUAUUUCCUCCGCCCACAAAAAUCUGCUCGUGGCGGAGCCUCAAAGUGGCCGUUCCGGUCCUCCUACAAAUGGGGGAGAAAUUUCUCCCUUCCCACUGUAGAUGCUUCCAUUUUGGGGCACACUCUCCCUCCGGGGAGAUGGCAACACUGUUCUUUUUAAAAUACUGCCCAGGAAAACUGCACAAAAAUAUACCCAAUCUAGAAGGAGCCCCGAAAAAAGGAAACUGCUCUACUUCCUAUGGUUGCCUCGAAAAGUCAUUUUUUAAA